GUCACCUGUGGCACAGGAAGCGCUACGGCCAUCACCCGGGAUGAAAACCUUUAUCGUCUGUUUGUAUUUUAUGCAUAAGUUCAGAUUUGAGCUUUUCUACUCCUUCUGACUCGAAAAAGCCGCUUUAUUGUCCAAACCGCAAGACGGUCAAGUUCUUCUUAAACGAAACACAAAGCAAUAAAAGUAAGAGUUUUAAAGACCUAAUAGAAUUGUAAGGAAUAGUAAAACAGGAAUACGGCAGCGCUACUGAGCUAGCAUGCUAACUAUCUGAUGUUAUUUUACGGUCCUGUGUGAGGGAUAAAUCUGCUUCAGCUAGUGUGUGUUACUGUGUUAUAUAUAUAUAUAUUAACCUAUAAUUUGAAUGUGAAAGUUGAUGCUAUACGAUACAAAUAACCAGGAGUAACGUUAGUUGAACCUAGCAAUGAUGAUUUAGGCCUGAACCCGCUCCAUCUGUGGUAACUGUAAAGGUUGUUUUUCACUGUAGGGGCGUAGUUAACGAGUAAAAGAUGAAUCCUGUGAUUUUAAAUGAAAUAUUGUCGACAUUUGUGUUCAUCCAGCUGGCCCCUCCACUGCCUGUCACCAUGCCCGCUCUGCUGGAGAGACCCAAGCUGUCCAACGCGAUGGCCAGAGCCCUCCACAAACACAUCAUGAGGGAGAGAGAGCGCAAGAGACAAGGUGAGAGAGAGAGCUGAGGGCUUUAAAGGUUACCAGCUUAACUAAUACUUCAGCAGCAAAACAAUCAAACUGAUGAGACAGCACUCAAAUGUGCGAAAUACAGAAUGAGAGUUUAGAUAAUGCUUUAUAAACAAGGAGAAUUUUAACAUCAAUCCGGGAUCUUACAGGUAGCUUAUAGAGAGAUUUAAGAACUGCUAUGUACGAAUGUAGACCUAAGAUGAGCACUAGUUUUGUUUCUCUGAGUUCUUGAAUCAAAAAUGAUAACUUCUGUUUACAUUGCAAGAAGUCUUCUGUCAUACACCGAUUUAAAGGAAUAUUCCGGUGUAAAUUAAUUUGGGUCAAACACAUCGUGACGCCGAGUGAGACACCCAGUGUCGUUUUGGUUGAGGUUUAUUUAUGGCUCCUCAGACCGCUGUGUAUUGCUAUCCUGCGGUCGUUAUUAAAGUUGGUAUAACUAGAGAAGCAAGCGGUCGACAACAUUCAUCUCUUGAGGGGGUGUCUAACUCAGUGUUAUGGUGUGUUUGACCCUAAAUUAAUUUCACGCUGGAAUAUCCCUUUAAAUCAAGACCCUAGCUGAGGGAGUAUAUGGAAUUGUGGUCAUCUGGAGAUAGUGAUAUGUAAACAGAACAGUGACUGUAGCUGUGAAUUCAGAACCCCACUAAACAUGCAUUUUUUCUUUCAGAGGAGGAAGAGGUCGACAAAAUGAUGGAGCAAAAGAUGAAGGAAGAGGAGGAGAGGAAAAGGACAAAAGAAAUCGAGGAGAGGAUGUCUUUGGAGGAAACCAAAGAACAGGUGAGCAGUUUGUGCUCCCAUGCCAUCAUAGGUUACCUUUUUUGUUACAAGAAGGGGAAAAGUAGUUCUAGUUUUCUUUUUCUUGAAUUUAGGUGAUGAAGAUGGGAGAAAAACUCCAGGGCCUCCAAGAGGAGAAGCACCAGCUCUUCUUACAGCUCAAGAAGGUUCUCCAUGAGGAGGAGAAGAGACGCAGGAAGGAGCAGAGGUAGUAAGGACACAGUUGGUUUUUUCUUUUUUCACACGAAUAACAGAUUUAUUCAGAGAGAUUUCUGGUUGUCGUCACAUUUCAUGGCGUCUUGUUCUCAUAGCGACAUCACAACAUUGACCUCCGCCAGCUAUCAAUCCAGCCUGCCGAUGCACGCAGGGCAGCAUCUCCUCAGCAUCCAAGGUGAUGGCUGCAUUCAACUGUUUCCUCCUGUAACCUUUUCUGGUUUGUGUGAAUAAGUUACUUUUGAAGGCCUUUGUUUCAGUCAGCUAAUUUUUCUCCAAUGUUUUCUCAGGAAGUCCAGUCAGCCACAGUCGACCCGGCGCUCUUCUCGGAGAACGUAGCAAACAGCUUUUCCCCGCCGCUGUGAUUCCAGUAAGUGAAGAAGUCGACCUUUAUACCUGAUGAUGAUUUUCGUUUGCAUUUCCUAGUCUAACACCUCUUAUUCAGUCAACAGAGUUAACCCCUCCUCAUCUCCUCUAUAAGGCUCGUCACUAUCAGACACCGGGGUUCAGCUCGGGCUCAGCAGAGCACGGACAAUUCAGCGGGGGGCAGGGGGUCCACGAGCCUUAUGGGGUGGCUCAGGCUCAGCACCCCUCUACUUACGCCCCCGGACCAUCUGUACCUGCAAGCUUUGCCAGCAGCUCUCAGAUCAGAGGUAAAGAUCUCAACAAUCUUCAGAUGAUCAACAGUCUACCUGAACUGUUUAUGGCACUCUUGGAGAAAUCAUUUCAAACUGAACCGAUCUAAUCUUCCAGCAGGUGCAUCAGCAUUUCAGGCCAUGCCGUAUCUCCCCCAUCAGCAGCCUGGAUACCCUGUCCACAGUCACUUCACCUCCCAGCCUGGUCAGUUCCUCAGGGCCUUACAGGGAUAUUCUGGCGUAAGAUUAAUUUAGGGUCAAACACAUCAUAACACCGAGUUAGACACUGCCUUGAGAGAUGAAUGUUGUCGACCGCUUGCUUCUCUAGUUAUACCAACUUUAGUAAUGACCGUACAAUAGCAAUACACAGAGGUCUGAGGAGCCAUAAACAAACCUCAACCAAAAAGAAACUCUAUAUCCACAAAUAAUGCUCAGAACUGCACCGAACUUCAUCAACAGUACAUAUAGGGUCCCAGCCACCAAACAUCUUUUUAACUUUUGCCUAAUUUCUCAACUCACCCACUCUCUUCCAGCAGCCACUUGUAUGUAGCGAGACCUCGGACGAGUCCAUCAACUGCUGCGGGGUGUCGCAGCUCAAGGAAGAACAUUUAUGAUCAUUUCUUUAUCAUGUCAACAUGACAUUGACAUUUCCUUCAAGUAAUAAUCACCAUAUUAAUCAUUUUGCACUGCAGACAUGGUAGUUCUUCUGCCUUAACGUCUCGGUCUGAUUGCAUUUCCAUGAAGAAAUUAUCAUAAAUGUUCUUCCUUGAGCUGCGACACCCCUCUGCAGUUGGUGAUUGACUCGUCCGAGGUCUCACUACAAACAAGCGUCUGUUGGAAGAGAGUAGGUGAGUUGUGUUUAGUCUUUUUGCUAAAGAAAUUGGGCAAAGUUAAAAAGAUGUUUGGUGGCUAGUGCUGUGGCUAGGACCCUAUAUGUACUGUUGAUGAAGUUAGGUGCUGUUCUGAGCAUUAUUUGUGGAUAUAGAGUUUCUUUUUGGUUGAGGUUUGUUUCUGGCUCCUCAGACCGCUGUGUAUUGCUAUCCUGCGGUCGUUACUAAAGUUGGUAUAACUAGAGAAGCAAGCGGUCGGCAACAUUCAUCUCUAGAGGGGGUGUCUUCCUUGGUGUUAAGGUUUGUUUGACCCUAAAUUAAUUUUACGCCAGAAUAUCCCUUCAAGAUGUCAAAACGCUACAAAUACAAGUUCAUAACAGCAAGAAAGCAACUGUGUAUUUGAUGUUGUGAUUUUAAGAUAUGUCUGGAUGUCUUUCCUGCAGGAUACAUUCCUGGAGCGGGAAUCCCUCUGCAGAAGCAGCUGGAACAUGCUAACCAACAGUCAGGCUUUACUGAUGCAGUAAGAACAUUUAAAUGAGUAAAUUAAAGAUCCAUUUAUCAGUAACCUGGAAAUGCCAACAGUUUUAGGAUGCCUUCUAAGCUCUGUUUUGGCUUGUAAAUGAUCAAUGUUGUUUUCAUAGGGAGCUUUAAGGCCGAUGCAUCCACCAGCCAUGCAUCCUUCUGCCCAAGGACUGCUGCCCACACCAUCAAUGGCGGUUCAGAUCCCCACUGCAAAGGUGAAUUCCUCCCCAAACACACUCUUUAGCUCCCACCUCUGUGUUUACAUUCAGCUUUAGAGGUUUAAACAUUUCCUGGACAUGUCCAUGUGUCGUGGCCCUUGAUGCUCUGACUCCAGCCUCUGUUCUCUCCUUGUGAAAGUCCCCCUCAGCUCUUGAAUUGCCUAACUUUCCCUGUAACUUGUCCCACCACACUUUUCACCAAUGUUCUUCGAUACGCCCUCUGUGAACAGCCAGCCUUUUCAGCGAUGACCUUCCUCGGCUCACCCUCCUUGUAAAGGGUGUCUAUGAUCAUUGUCUGGACAUGUUUAAAGUCAGCAGUCUCCCUUGUGACUGUGGUUGCAUGUUCUGAAUAGCGAUGAGCUCGAACUCAGAGUGAAACGCUUUGAUUUUGUGAGGUGUCUGCUGUUAUUUUUUUGAGCUGAAGGUCAUAAUUAUCAAAACUGGAUUGAAAAAACACUCAAAAACAGAUGGGAAUAUGAAACUUUUUCACAAUUAUUUCUGAGCUGUAUGUGAGAAUAAUUUCACACAAUGAUCUGGCGCCACCCUGAGGCCUCACUCAGGCAAGAUAAAAUAGUUGCCAGUUUCCCACAAGGUGUAAUUUCUUCAUUUCUUCAUGUCAUGUAAUUUUGUAUUUUUGUGUUUCUGUCUCUAGUCUCCGUUCCAGAGCUCUCCUCAGGGCGCCCCCCGUCAUGGCUUCCUCCCUCACAGCCAGAGCGGGCAGAGGUUCUACCACCACGGGAAGUAACUUUAGACCACAUUCGUCUUCGAGGUGUCACGGCUUCCUUAACGGAUCUGGAGAACUCCUGGAAGAACGGAUCGACCCCCCUCCCCCUUUUAAAAAACGUUAAGUGAUUUGUAUUUUUUUUUUUUUUUACCUGUUUUCAUUUUUGAUUUUAAUAACAUAAACCUGCAGUCCUCUUUUGCUUUUAUUUUUAAUGAUGAAAGACUUUUACUGACACUGUUAAGCCGUUCUGAUGGUGCUCAUGUACACUAAAAUGUGAAUAUGUUGUAUAAAGAAAGACCGCUUAAGCCAGGGCUUAUUCUUUGUAAACUAAUGCUCAUUAUUAGGGCCGCAGCUUGGUACCUGAAACACGUUCACUUCAGGGGAAAACCUCAUUUUCACUCAGUUGAAAAUGACGGAAAAUUUCCUUGUUUUGUUUCCUACCUUGAAAACAAGAAUCAAGUCUCUGCAGUUGAAGGCUCUUAUGUCGCUAAAUAAACAAAAUCAAAAUACA